AUUGCGCAAGGUCGCAACGAUUGGUUUGUAUUUCAUCAGACUUGCUGGGUGUGAAGUGUUUCUUUGUCCCUUUCUCCCUUCGUUUAAAAGUUUUGAAAAAUGAGCAAACCAAAGGUAUUUGUAACCAGACCAGACGUUCCUCAAGCAGGAAUUGACCUUUUAAAGGAAAAAUGUGAUGUAGAAAUUUACGACCAGCCGAUGCCGAUUCCACGAGAUGCCUUAAUUAAAGGAGUUCAGGGUAAGGAUGCUCUUUAUUGUCUUCUCACGGACAAAAUUGACAAGGAUGUGAUGGAUGCAGCAGGACCCCAGCUAAAGGUAAUAGCGACCAUGUCUGUUGGAUUUGAUCAUAUUGACAUUAACGAAUGUAAGGCAAGAAAUAUUGCGGUCAGCAACACUCCCGAUGUUUCCACUGACUCCGUAGCUGAGCUGACUGUCACACUAUUGUUGGUUUGUGGCAGAAGAAUCAUGGAUUCUGCAAACGCUAUUAAAAAUGGAGAGUGGAUCUACUCUUGGAGUCCACUGUGGCUAUGUGGUAGAGGAUUAACCAACAGCACAAUAGGAAUUGUAGGAAUGGGUAGAAUUGGCCAAGCUGUCAUGAAACGCCUGUUGCCUUUCGGUGUAAAGAAGGUUUUGUAUUAUGAUCUAUUUCACCCAAUCAAACCCGCUGAAGACAUGGGAGCUCAGUAUGUUGAGUUUGAAGAGUUAUUGAAAGAGUCAGACUUUGUAGUCGCAAUGUGCAAUUUAUCAGAACAAACCAAGGAAUUGUUUAAUGCCAAGGCUUUCAGCCAAAUGAAGCCUACAGCAGUUUUCGUUAAUACUAGUCGCGGAGGAGUUGUUCAACAAGAUGACCUCUAUGAGGCCCUCAAGAAUGGCAAGAUCCGUGCUGCAGGGCUUGACGUAAUGAUUCCUGAGCCUCUACCCCGGGAUCACAAGCUUACUACUUUACCAAACAUAGUUCUUCUUCCACAUGUUGGCAGUGCUGAGGAAGCAGCAAGAAUAGAAAUGGCAACCUUGGCAGCUAAGAACAUCUUGUCCGUUUUAGAUGGAAAGCCUCUUGUAACUCCUGUUCCCAUGCCAUAAACUGAUAAAGGAAAACCUUAAGGCUAAAUUAAUGUGUAUUAUGUUAACUACAUCAGUAAUGCUUUUUAUUUUUUGCCUGAGAACGUAGCAGUUUAAGAUUUAUGAAUUAUAUAAUAAUUAAUAUUGUUAGGUUAGUUUAUGCCAGUACAGUAGUAGUAGUAGAAGUUAGAACUUAAAAGUAACAUUUCCUUACCUUUAUCUGUGUUGUGCGGUUUUUAAUUCAUCUUAUUUUGAAAUCUCAACUUUAACAGAAUAAAUUUAUUAAUAUUAUGUUGUUUUUUAAUCUGUAUUUGACGUAAUGUGCAUGUUAGUAUGAAUAAUUAAUAUCAGUAACCUAUUGCAGUAAUUGUUGUUUGCUACUUAUAAGUUAUACUGUCAAACUAAAACUGAAAGUUCAUCUGUAAUUGGUAAUGGUGCGUCAAUAAGUAUAAGAACGAAUUCUUUAUUACAUAUUUUAAUAUUUAUAAAUGUAAUAACGACUACCUUCCUCAUUCAUCUUGAAACAAUGUAUUAGUCUUGUUUGCUUCACUGCGAAGUUUCUUAGUGUAUUCUAGAUCACCAUUGAUUUUAAAAAUUAAUUAUGUAAAUCCAUGGAAACACGGGCAAAGUAUAUUUUCACUAAGAUUAGUACUGUGAAAGUAUAAUACUAGUAAUAGUAGGCCUAAUUUUGUGAUGUUUAACUGUUAGUGUUCAUCCUUGUUAAAAUGGUUAUGUUACUAUAUCACGAUAAUAGUUUUCAUGAAAUAAUAUAUUUUACAUUGAGUAACCGAUUUGAGCUAUAUAAUCUCUUAUUUAUGAAUUUUUUUAUCCGUAACUCGGUGUAUAAAAUUUGACUUAGCUGUACCUUUCGUAUUGACCGAUUUUGCUUUACUUAAGAAUAGCGGUAAGUCUACUGACGUACGAAGUUAAUGCGGCGGACAGAGCUUAUAAGUUAUAUAAUAUAGCCCAAUGUGGCAAUGCUCGGUAAGAAAAAAACAACCUAAUGGAGAUAGGGUGUGUUAAGAAACUUAAGAUGAUAUUCUAGUCUAGUUGGAAUAUUACGUAAAGCUUUAUUUUAGUGUACUCGUUUUGAUGUAGUACAUGUAUAAAAGUGAUAAUUUUAAUCAACUGAUAAAGUUAGUGACAAACAUAAGUAUUGCUCUACCAUCGAACGACAUUGCUAACUAACUAAAAUUAUGAAGUGUUUAAUUUUUAAUUUAUUCUUUCUUAAAACUGUGAUGUAUGCUUUUUGGAAUGUUAUUUAAUAUACAAGUUAUGUGAAAAAAAUAGCUUUCGGUAAUAUUCGUGUAGUAUUUAUCCAUGAAUUGAGUUUCAUUUUUGUGAUAAUUUCCAUAGAUUUAGUCUAAGACCAAAUUCACUUUCUCAGUUUAUUUUUCUUGCAUGGUUUCUCCCAUUUAUUUACAAGACAGGCUCUUAAGACGUGAUAUUGUUUUUUAAUCAGUUCUACUUUCUAAUUUACAAAGUAUUGUAUCUGUAUUGUAUAAGUAUGGGAAAUAAAGUUUAUUCACUUAUUAUCGACCAUCA